AUGGCGUAUCGCUGGCUGCCAAAUAUAGAAGGAUUUUUUGGAUCUUUAUGUCAGUGUUUGUGUAGCGCCCAGGGGCAAUUGGAAAGUGGCGAAAACGGGGAUUUUGAUUACUGGUGUAGGCGUAUUCAAAACUACGAGCCAAGUUUGGAUGUAAUUGUUGAUAGAUAUCGAAGGAAUGUAGACGAUGGCGCCGAAUCAAGAUUACUUCAGAACCUUCUUACACUGCAGCAACACAUGGCCUCAAUUCGAAGUGAACUUCAAGAAUUGGCUCGCCCCCUACAAGAAAACGGUUUGCCUUGUGGAGAGACAAUUAGAACUGCUACUAUUUCAACUGGAGCAGCAGGUAGGCCUCCACUUUCGUUAAACAUGGACGAUAUUUCCAAUUUCAGAUCUCUUGGUUUUUCCUGGGUUGAUAUAAGCUCGCUGUACGGAGUGUCUGCAAGAACAUUAAGGAGACGAAGGCAGGAGUCCGGUGUAGGCGUGCAUUCGCACGAUAGUAUUACAGACGCAGAUUUAGACAAUAUUGUAGGAGAUAUUUUAGAAAUUACUCCACAAGCUGGAAGAAAUCUAGUUCGUGGGUCAUUGCAAAACAGGGGAGUGCACGUUCAAAGGAGAAGAGUAGUGGAGUCAAUACAAAGAAUAGACCCAGUGACACCCACGUUGAGAGACAGCAGGCAAAUAGUCAGGAGACGCUAUAAUGUCCCUUGCCCCAAUUUUCUUUGGUAAGUUAGUAACUAAAUUAGACUGUCUUAAGUCUAUGUUACAUGGUGCAAUUUUUCUUGUAACUUGGGCCAUUCCAUUUAAUGUACACACCCCCCUAUGGACGAGGUCAGUAAAAUUUGAACCCCUAAGAAAAAAAGUUCAAAGUGCCGACACAAACACCCCCCAGAAAUUAAGAAAUUUUUGCCUUACCCCUCAGAAAAAACGCAAAGAUCAAAGGAUGCCGAUGCACACAACCCCUCAGAAACAGCUUUUUCAACCCCCCUCAGAAAUUCUCGUCUAUAGGGGGGGGGGUGUAUAUUAAAUGGAUGGCCCCUUGCAAUGCAAUUCUACUCUUGAGAGAUGUAAAAUUGCCAAAUAUGAGUCUUCAUUACACUUCGCUGAUGUUUUCUCAACAGUCAACAUGUCGAAAAUUCUUCACUGAUUUCACUAAUUAACAUCUCUCAAGAGUAGAAUUGCAUUGCAAGUUGCAAGAAAAAUUGCACCGUGUAAAGGCGGAUUUCCAGUCCUCACACGAAGCUGCAUGCUCGCUGCGAGUUAUGCAUGAGCACGUUCAUCUAAUCACAAUGCUAAACCGUCAAUUUUAAUUAGAUGCAAGCACUCGCAGCGAGGAGCUUCGUGCGAGGACUGGAAAACCGCCUUAACAUGGCCUUUAGUAAAAAUGUCUUUCGACAUUUUACUAUAGAAUAAUAAAGUACAGAACAUUACUCUUCUCACAUAGACAGACCAAGGCAUUUAAUACAGUAUGUCUAACCGGAUGUAAGAACCUCAUUUCAUGUAGCAAACUUCACUCAAAGUGUUACUAAUGCCCGUAUUCUAAAAGCUCACUCACACUCAAUGAGUGGAGGUUCAAUCUUAGCUUCUUUUGAGUGUUAAUACUGUUUUUGAAUAGCUGGAGGGUGAGUAGUCACAUAUUAAGGUACGACACUAACCCUCCAGCUAGUCAAAAACUGCACUGGCACUAAAAGAGAAGCUCAGAUUGAACCUCCACUCAUUUUGAGUGUGAGUGAGCUUUUAGAAUACGGGCGUAAAGGUUACAGCAGUUAGCCUUCAGUGGAGCUUCAAAUUAUGUGAAUUUUGCUCGCUUGGGAUGAUCUAAUCUUCCUAUAGCCCUUGCAAAUUUUCCAAAUAAUGCAAUGUUCCCAGGAUAUUAACAUCUGGUUUGACUGUGAAAAGGAGGAGUCUCCCCUUGAUAAGCAAAAGUACAUACAAUCAUACUGUAUAGUUCCUACUAUAUCAAAAUAAAUGACUGCAAAUUUUCAUUGCAGGCACAUUGAUGGGGAUCACAAAUUAAUUAAUCCAUACAGGAUUGUGUUGCAUGGGGGUAUAGAUGGCUAUAGCAGGCUUAUUGUCUAUUUAAAAGCCUCAACCAACAAUAAGGCAUCAACAGUGCUACAAUUAUUUCAAGAAGCAGUUGUUCGUUUUAAUCUGCCCAGUAGGGUAAGAUGUGAUUUUGGACUCGAAAAUAUUGACAUCGGCAGAUUGAUGUUGGACACACGAGGUGUUAAUCGUGGAAGUACUUUAGCAGGUCCAUCUGUUAGGAAUCAAAGGAUUGAACGAUUGUGGCGGGAGGUAAACCGGGUAAUUGUCAGUCGGUUUUUAAACAUUUUUCUUUUUCUGGAAUCAAAUGGUUAUUUUGAUCCAGACAACGAAGUUCAUAUCUUAGCUUUGCAUAAUGUCUACCUGCCAUUAAUCAAUAAUUCCAUAGACGAAUUUGUGGGGCAAUGGAAUAAUCAUCCCCUAACAUCCGAGUGUCAUUACAGUCCUCUUCAGCUUUGGGUUAGAGAUAUGGUUACAUUGAGAAACUCCGGUUACAGUGCAGUGGACUCCGUACUAUUAGGGGACCAAGUCCUAGAUAAUUAUGGAGUUGAAGAUGGGUCGCAUGAAGAGGAUGCUGAAAUUGAAACUUCUAAUGUUGUAGUUGUUCCAGAAUCCCCAAUAGCACUUGAAGAUGCAGCAUGUGUGGCCUUACAAGAACUACUGCAUUAUGAUGUCACUGACGAUCCAAAUGGAAUAGCAUGUUAUAUAAGAGUAAUGAGGUAUCUUUCUAAUAUCAUACAGUAG